GUGAAACCCUUUUAUCUUCCUCUGGCGUGCUCUCUCCACCUCCUUGCCUCAUCUCUUCUUUCUGAAACCUCAUUGUUUUGGUACCAUCUAAUUAUACGUUUUAAUAUUACUUCUUUCUGAAUUUGUUGUUUGUAAAACCUCCAAUCUCCCUCUCUCUCUCUCUCUCUCUUUCAAUUCCCUUCUUCUGCUGGUUCUACUUUAGUUGCUUUUUUUUUUCAACUCAAACUGAAACAACCGGUGUCUCUUCACUGAGCUGGCUAGGGUGCGUGCUUGUGUGCAUCAGUUCUUGCUGUCUCUGUGUAAGCGCCUGCUGCUUGCUUAUCACUCGUCUGUUGUGUGGAUCUCUGGACCAGAGGCUUGGCUCUCAGCAUGUGGCUGCUGGUGUUUCUGGUGUGGUCCUUGGUCUUCACCGGGGGAACCUACUGGUACCUCUUUGGGACUCGGAGCCCGUUCUCUCUGGAGUCAGUGCGGCCCAAAGAACCAAUAGAACUGGACCAGAGGAAGAGAGACAAGGUCCUGAAGAAAGGUUUCAGUCGGGAGAGAAUCCCAGAGAACCUGGAUGCCAUCAUCAUCGGCAGCGGGCUCGGAGGCCUGAGCGCCGCCGCGUGUCUAGCCAAACAAGGGAAGAGGGUUCUAGUUCUGGAACAACACGACCAGGCUGGUGGAUGCUGCCACACCUUCACGGAGAAAGGCUUUGAAUUCGAUGUUGGUCUUCACUACCUUGGUCAGCUGCACAAAAACAGCCUGUUGCAGGUGGCCUUUGACCAGAUCACAGAAGGCCAGCUGGAAUUUGUGACCCUGCCCCAACACUUUGACACCAUCCACAUUGGCCUGGGAGAGGAACGCCGCGAGUACAGUCUCUACACCGGCAAGACCGCCAUGGAGGCACACUUGAAAAAGCAGUUCCCAGACGACACCGAGGCCGUCGAGAAGUUCUUCAAACUCAUGAAGAUGUGUGCUAGAAAGACCCACUUGCUGCCUUGCCUGAAGCUCAUCCCCCGCUGGCUGGCCCUCUUCCUGCUCAAGUCCGGCAUCGCUGACCUUUACUGCAACAUCUUCCGUCUGUCUGGCACCAGCGCCACCACCUGGGCUGACCAGGUCACCAGCAACAAGGACCUCCAGGUCAUCUUCUCAUACCUCUUCUAUGGUAAAACCUGCAUGACCAUCCUGGCCAUGGUGAACUACGAGUGGUUUGAGGAGUGGAAGGACACAACCGUCAGAAAGAGAGGAGACGACUACACAGAGUACAAGAUGAGAUUCGCCAACAACCUCUUUAACUGGGCCUGCGAGCAUUUUCCCAAGCUAAAAGACAAGCUGGUGUACCAGGAGGUGUCCACCCCCCUGUCCAACGCACACUACCUAGGAGCACACCGGGGCGCCAUGUACUCCUCCGAGCAAAACCUGGCACGCUACGACCCCAUUUCCAUGGCCAAGAACCGCUGUGACACACCCAUUAAAAACCUUUACAUCUCAGGUCAGGACGUGUUCAGCUGUGGUAUUGCGGGGGCCCUGCACGGCGGGCUGAUCUGUGCCUCCAUAGUACUUGGUCACAUCCUCUACGUCGACCUCUUGUUUAUAAAGAAGAAACUUAAAAGGAACAGCGUUGUUCAGGCAUUGCAAAAAAUGUUUUGUUAGUCGUAAUCGUAGUUGAUAGCCUCUGGCCAAAAAUCGAUCCCAAUGCCUUAAUCAGUGCAGUGACAGGGACACUGUGCUGUAGAAGAUGCCGUCCUUCGGAUGAGACGUUGAACGGGGUCCUGACUCACUGUGGUCAUUAAAGAUCCCAUGGCACUUAUCACAGGGAGUAGGGGGUUCCCCACUGUCCUGACUAAAUUCCCAACCUAGCUCAUUUAGUCUGGCCCCCUAAUCAUCCCCCAGUGUCAUUGGCUCAUUCAAUCUGGCCCCCUAAUCAUCCCCCAGUGUAAUUGGCUCAUUCAUUCAUUCCCUCACUCUCCGCCUCAAG